CAGCGCGGCAGUUCUGAGCCGCGCUAAGAUGGCGACUCCCAUGCACCGGCUCAUAGCCCGGAGACAGGCGGAAGCAAAUAAGCAACAUGUGAGAUGUCAGAAAUGCUUAGAAUUUGGACAUUGGACUUAUGAAUGCACAGGAAAAAGAAAAUACCUACAUAGGCCUUCAAGAACAGCAGAACUAAAGAAAGCUUUAAAAGAAAAGGAAAACCGGUUAUUAUUACAACAAAGCAUUGCAGAAACUAAUGUAGAAAGAAAGACCAAGAAAAAAAGGUCUAAGAGUGUAACCAGUUCCAGUAGUGAUAGCAGUGACAGUUCAGCCAGUGAUUCUUCAUCAGAGAGUGAAGAAACAUCUACCUCAUCCUCCUCAGAGGAUAGUGACACUGAUGAAAGCUCCUCUAGUUCAUCAUCUUCAGCCUCCUCCACAAGCUCUUCCUCUUCCUCUGAUUCAGACUCAGAUUCCAGCUCCUCCAGUAGCAGCAGCACCAGCACAGAUAGCAGCUCUGAGGAUGAACCACCAAAGAAGAAGAAAAAGAAAUAGAACUGCUCCAUCCAUAUUGGACUGAAGAACUGAAAACAUUAACAUAAUUCUCUAAAGGGAAUUUAGACUAUGUUAAAGCCAAAUAGAUUAACUCGUCAAAAUUUCUAGAGUUCAAAAAUUUCUAAAUGUUUUACAUUGUAAGAGCAUAAAGAUCAUUAAUAGUGGAUUACAUAUGUAAAGACUUCUUUAUUUUGAGGAGUUUUGUUUUGCUUUUUUAUCUUUAAAAUUUAAUCAUAGCUGAAAUCCAGUAAAUCUGUUUUUGUGAUGAAACUUAUCUUUUCUCCCUGUGAAUUAAAUGCCAUACUUUGUUAUAUGUUAUCUAUCUGUUUUCAGGAUAAUGCAUCAGAGUGUCUGGCAAUGAAUUUCUAAUGCUUUUGGCUAUGUGUUAUUAUGUAAGAUUUAAUAAUAUUUACUAUAUGAGUUUUCCUACUGUUAAUAAAUGUGCUCUAUUUUUA